AUGGACCCCAAACAUGAUCUUAUGUAGACCACACUUCGCCAAUAGGGCUGUAACAGACCGUUAUUUCAUUCUUUCUUAACACCGAGGCGCAGCUAGUUUUGCUGUUGGUAAACCACAAGUCGACAGCUACCACCCAUAUUCUAGUAGAUCUCUCCAACUUUUUUUUUAGAUAGUUCUUGGCGAGUACACGAUACGAAUUUGACGGCAGACGAGGGACCAAAAGACGACUCUCAUAAGCCAACCAAGUUCAUUUGCCGUUCGAAAAUGCAAUACGACCGUAGUACGUGCUUACUUGUAUAAUGCUAUUUGUAUUUGUAUUUUCGAUCCUACUCGUCUGAAUUUCUUCCAACGACUGCGCUUUCGCGAGGGUCUAUCGAUAAUUCAAACAGCGUCGUCGCGCGACCUCUCAAGUCGCAGAAAUGUCAUCUAUAACGCGAUGCCUUCAUUUACUAUGCCUCGCUCCGGCGGUAGUGUUAGGAGCGCUCGAAGUCGAUUUGAACUCAAAAGAAUCCAUCAAAAAUGCUGCGAAACAGGUCGCCUAUGACUUGAUGACCUAUUAUCAUGGCAACGAAUCAGGUCACGUACCGGGUAUCUUACCGGGACCGCCGCCCGACGGAGAUUACUACUGGUGGCAAGGAGGCGCGCUCUGGGGUGCGAUGGUAGAUUAUUGGCAUUACACGGGCGACGAUACGUAUAACGAUGUCGUGUUCGAAGCUUUGCAGUUCCAGGUCGGCGACGACGAGGACUACGCUCCACGAAACUGGUCGCUCUCGCUCGGUAACGACGACCAGUCUUUUUGGGGAAUGUCCGCGAUGCUGGCGGCCGAAAACAAGUUCAGAGAUCCUCCCAGGGAUAAACCGCAGUGGAUCGCCCUCGCCCAGGCCGUCUUUAACGAUCAGGCCGCGCCGGAUCACUACGACGGUAUCUGCGGAGGCGGCAUGAGGUGGCAGAUCGCCCCGACCAACAAGGGCUAUGAUUACAAGAACACUAUCGCCAACGGUUGCUUCUUUAACAUAGCAUCCCGUCUAGCCCGCUAUUUCAAUAACGAGACCUACGCCGAGUGGGCGAUAAAGACGUUCGACUGGAUCCACGACGUCGGCUACAUCGACGAAGAUUGGAACGUAUUCGACGGAGGCCACGUGCAGUAUAACUGUACGGAUAUUAACAAGCAACAAUAUUCGUAUAACGCCGCCAUCUUGUUAUCGGGCGCGGGUUAUAUGUACGAAUAUACCAACGGCAGCAAAGUAUGGGAGGACCGAAUCAACGGUCUCCUAGACGGGAUGGAGCGGGUGUUCUUCGUGAACGGCACGCUUUACGAGCCUUCCUGCGAAGGCGGCUUCUGCACGUCGGACAUGCUAAGCUACAAGGGCUACGUGCACCGGUGGCUGGCGGUGACGACGUUGACGGCGCCGUUCACGCGCGACCGCAUCAUGAAGCUGCUGCGGUCGUCGGCCGAGCUGGCCGUCAAGCAGUGCACGGGGGGCGCCAACGGCCGCCAGUGCGGGUUCCACUGGACCACGGGAGUGUACGACGGUCAGACGGGUGCCGGCCAGGAGAUGAACGUACUCGGCGCCCUCACCAGCCUACUCGUCGACGGCGCCAGCCCCCCCGUCACGAACAGCACCGGCGGCACGAGUAUCGGCAAUCCGAACGCCGGCAAUCCAAAGACCACGCUCGCGCAGGCUACGCCCGUGACGACGGGGGAUAAAGCCGGCGCGGGGAUAUUGACCGCGUUCGUGCUCGGCACUACGAUCACCGGCGUGAUUUUUAUGGCGUUGGACUGAAUACCUAGGUACCUAAUCUAGUGCCAUUGGGUUUUUUUGAAUAUUGAGAGGCGUUUUUAUGUAUAGAUCUCGUUUAAUUUUUUCUAUUCGUCAAGUUAUAUUCUUAUAUUAUUAACAUGCAUGUAAGAAUCCCUUGAAAUUUACACUUCAGUCGGGGUAUAUACGCUGGCAUUCAAUUGACUACCUACCUACCUGUGUAGGUCUUUUUGUCAUGUACGGUGUGUAUACCAGCGUCUCGGGGUUGAAUAGGGCAUAAAUAUUACAUUA